GGGUGCCAGUAAGUGAUGCAGAAGUGAACACAUUUGUGGUUGCACAAGCGAAAUUGUUUGAGCCACGUGACCUUGAAGGACCAAUCAGAGAAAGUGAUGCUGUUGUUUCCUGUCUUGGCUGUAAUGCCGGAUUCCUUGGCAGAAAGCCGACAACAUUCUAUACAGAUUCCAUGUCGUCAUUGACGACAGCCAUGAGAGCAGCGAAUAAAACACGACUUGUGUGUAUGUCGUCGUGGUGUACACAUCCGGGCAUAAGGACUCACUGGUUCUCUGAGUGGGUUAUGCGGCCAUUUGUCAUAGGAAACCUACUCAAAAAUCUUUCAGAGAUGGAGAAUGACCUUAAGCACAACUACUUGGAUCUGGAUUUUACCGUGGUUAAAGCACCAGGCCUGAUAAACACAAAGAGCUCAGGAAAGACCAUAAAAACAGAGGAGGACCAGUUUGUGACAGGAUCCCCAAUGAUAAUUCCUAGACGGGACGUUGCCAUUUUCAUGCUUAAUUGUAUAGAAAAAAAUAAGUGGACAAAAAAGGUUGUCUCGAUAGGGUUGUGAUACAGUACUUCAGAGACCUGUUUAACGUUUUAUUCAAAUCACAUUGUUUACCAAUAUUUCAAUGAGAAGAUGUUCAUAGUAGUAUAGGAGGUACUUUCAUGCACUUCAUGAUUGUAAUCGCAUGUUCUGUGCUCCAUGUAAUAAUUAACCAUGUUAAAUAAA